AUCUAGGGUUAGCCGGUUAGGAGAGAAAGCCAGAGAGGAGAGGAGGGGGAGAAUCAGUCGGAGGAGAUGGCGUUGAAGUUUCUUAACAAGAAGGGAUGGCACACGGGGAGCCUCAGGAACAUCGAGAACGUGUGGAAAGCGGAGCAAAAGCACGAGGCCGAGCAGCGCAAACUCGAGGAGCUCCGGAAGCAGAUCCAGGACGAGCGCGAGAAGGACGAGUUACGCCACCUCUCGGAACAGGGCGGCUUCGCCCCGCGUCAGGAAAGAUUGGAUUUUCUAUAUGAGUCGGGGUUAGCGGUGGGCAAGGGGAAUUCGGACGGGUUCAAGGCACUUCAAGCACCACCUGCAGAAGCCUCGAGUGCCUCAGCAGCAGAGGCUAGUUCCUCCAAGGCUGGUGUUCUUGGAGCUUUGUUUGAGGACAAGCCACAGUCUGCAAACGAUGCAUGGAGGAAACUUCACACUGAUCCUUUGCUCCUUAUUCGUCAGCGUGAGCAGGAAGCACUUGCUCGAAUAAAGAAUAAUCCCAUCAAGAUGGCUAUGAUAAAGAAAUCUGCAGAAGCUGAGAAAGACAAGAAACACAAUAAGGAGAAACAAGGAAAGAAAAGGCACAAGAGCCAUCGUCACAGUAAGUCAAAGUCUGAGAAGCAUUCAUCGAGACAUCAUUCUGAUUCUGAUGACACGAGGGAUGACCAGGAAGAGAAAAGAAGAGAUCGUCAAACAUCCAUGAAGAAUGAAGAAGGAAAGUCUAAACAUGGCAAAUGGCUGUCAAGAAAUAAUUCAGAUGCAGAAAGAAAAAGAAACAGUGAUCAUUUAACAUCUGAAUAUCACCCACAUAAAUAUGCCAAGAGUGAUCGAUAUUCUCCCAGGUAUACUUCAGGUUCAAGAAGGCAAACUGAAAGUGAGGAAGAAGAUAAGCAAAAGCAUUCACUGCUUGAGCAUCAACAAGAAGAUCGUCGAAGGGGUGAUAGACACUCGUCCAGAGUCCAUUCUUAUUCAAAAUACAAUCAUCAGGAUGAUUCUACAAGAAAUCAUUCUGCAUAUGAACAUCACCAGCCUGAUUCUGAACAAGGAAUGGGAGACAAACACAGGGAAUUCAACAAGUUGAAUGAGCUGCCUGGCAAUAAUCGUCGUCGAGGUGUGCCAAAGAUGUCUGAGGAAGAGAGAGAAGCUCAAUUAAGAGAGAUGCAGCUGGAUGCGGAACUCCAUGAGGAACAAAGGUCUAAACGGUUGAAGAAAGCAGCAGAGGAAGACAGAGCCGAAGCAACGAGAUCAGGCUUUUCAAGAGGCAAGACUUUUCUGGAUGCAGCUCAGAAGAGCAUUUAUGGAACUGAGAAAGGGGGGAGCGCUACUAUAGAAGAGAGUGUCCGUCGUCGAGCUCACUACUCACAGGGAGGUUCUGCAGCCCAUGAAAGCAAUGCAUUCCGGCGGUGAUAAAUCUGAAAGACCAUAUUGUUUCAUGCAAGCUUGUUCUGGCUCUUGCAAUUCGAUAGUGCCCGACGCUUGUUGGGUUGUGUAUGGAAGAUAGCUGCAAAUGUUUUAAAACAAACGUUUUCAGAUUGCUUGUGUUUACUCUUAACACUCCUUUUACUGAAAAAACUCAAUGGAUGUAAAUAAGAGGUAAGCAUUUUCAUCUA